AAGCAUGACCACGGCGGCUGUCGCGGUGGUGGCCCGCGGGGCCGGGACGAGGGCGGCGGCUUUGGCCCUGCGGGGCAGCUGCAGGACCUCGGCUCCGGGGCGGCCGUGCACGGGCCCCGCUCGGCCCUUCUGCACAGCACCUGGGACCGACCCGGACAUGAAGCACUACCUGUGGGAGCGCUACCGCGAGGCGAAGAGAAGCACGGACGAAUUGGUUCCUUCAAUUAUGAGCAACUUGUUGAAUCCAGAUGCCAUUUUCUCAAACAAUGAAAUGAGCCUGUCAGACAUUGAAAUCUAUGGCUUCGAUUACGAUUACACCUUGGUGUUUUAUUCAAAGCACCUGCACACACUGAUAUUUAAUGCUGCUCGGGACCUUCUCAUCAAUGAACACCGGUAUCCCGUGGAAAUCAAGAAGUAUGAGUAUGACCCAAAUUUUGCAAUUCGUGGACUUCAUUAUGACGUACAGCGGGCAGUGCUGAUGAAGAUCGAUGCUUUUCAUUACAUCCAGCGGGGAACUGUCUACAGAGGCCUCAGCGUUGUCCCCGAUGAAGAAGUCAUUGACAUGUACGAGGGAUCCCACGUGCCCUUGGAACAGAUGAGCGAUUUUUACGGAAAGAGUUCCCAUGGAAACACCAUGAAGCAGUUCAUGGACAUCUUCUCGCUGCCCGAGAUGACCCUCCUGUCAUGUGUGAACGAGCACUUCCUGAAGAACAACAUCGACUACGAGCCUGUCCACCUGUACAAGGAUGUCAAGGACUCAAUUCGAGACGUCCACAUCAAAGGAAUUAUGUACAGAGCAAUCGAAGCAGAUAUUGACAAGUACAUCUGCUACGCUGAGCAGACACGUGCAGUGUUGGCCAAACUGGCUGAUCAUGGCAAGAAGAUGUUUCUCAUCACCAAUAGCCCCAGCAGCUUUGUGGACAAAGGGAUGAGUUAUAUUGUUGGGAAAGACUGGAGGGACUUGUUUGAUGUGGUCAUCGUUCAGGCCGAGAAGCCAAACUUCUUUAAUGAUAAGCGGAGACCCUUCCGAAAGGUGAAUGAGAAAGGCGUCUUACUCUGGGAUAAAAUCCACAAGUUGCAGAAAGGCCAGAUUUACAAGCAGGGUAAUUUAUAUGAAUUUUUGAAGCUUACUGGUUGGAGAGGAUCCAAAGUGUUGUAUUUCGGUGACCACAUAUACAGUGACCUGGCGGAUUUGACCCUAAAGCACGGCUGGAGGACUGGUGCCAUCAUCCCGGAGUUGAGAUCUGAGCUCAAAAUCAUGAACACAGAGCAGUACAUCCAAACCAUGACCUGGCUGCAGACCUUGACCGGGUUACUGGAACAGAUGCAGAUUCACAGAGAUGCUGACUCGCAGCUGGUUUUGCAGGAGUGGAAAAAAGAAAGAAAGGAGAUGAGAGAAAUGACCAAAAGUUUCUUCAACGCCCAGUUUGGAAGCUUGUUCCGCACAGACCAGAACCCAACCUACUUCCUGAGGCGCCUGUCGCGAUUCGCCGACAUCUACAUGGCGUCUCUGAGCUGCCUCUUGAACUACGACGUCAACCACACUUUCUACCCCCGGAGGACUCCCCUGCAGCACGAGCUGCCCGCGUGGUCUGACAUGCCCUCCACCUUCGGAGCCCCUCGCCUGCAGGAGGCUCGGGCCAAGUAGCUGAGGGGCCCCCCACUCUGGGGAAAAAGCCAGAGACAGUGACCCCCUCCCCAAAGUAGGGUGGGCAUGAUGGCCCUGACUUUAUGUGGGUCUGAGUGUCGCUUCCAGGAAAGGUACAGACACCCCUUUUGAUAUUCACUCUGUACCUGGGGGAGACUACUGCUCCCCAGGGUGCUAAGACGGGAGCCAGCAGCCCGCCCGUGGGGAGCCCUCUCCACGCAGGGCUGAAGCGCAAGCUUCCUUCUGAAACUCUGAUUCCACCUUUUGGUUUACCAAGGUCCUGGCACUGAUGUCAGUUUUUCUGGGAUAGGAGAGAACACCGGAUGCCAUCUCUGUAUGCCAGAGGUCAAGUUUGGAAAUGAUUCUUGGCUCCUCUGUGGAGCAUUUCCUGAGUGUGCACGGGCAGUGCAGUGGAACUGCAGGUACACGAUGACGUGCACAGACAAACUGCUCGCAGAAAGCCCAUGACAUAGCGAGCUCCACGGAGCAAACACUGCCCUGAGUAGCAGCGAUGAUCCCCGAAUGGCAGCCAGUCCCCAGAUCACUAGGUACGGACAGCUGGCAUCCUGGCGCAUUGCAUCAAAGACAACGCAGCCUCCUUGGAAGAACGUCCGUGAGAAAGAACCAGAGCAUUUGCAGCCGCUGGGCCCUUUCCUCCCCAGUGUGUAUUUCCUGCGCCCUGCCCCUUACUGGGGAUGGACACAAGGUGCAAAAGUGUUGGGUGGGGUUUUCCCAGGGAAGGAAGGCAAGGAGAUAAGAGCUCUGGUUAAAACCACUUCCCCCAGCAGAACAGACUUCAGUGGGAUAACGCUGGGAGAAACCAGUGGGUUUGAGGAACUGAAACAUCAGUGGGUCUCUCAGGAGGGCAUCAAACCCAGAAACGCCCCUGCACUGUUAGUCUAAUGUGCUUGUUGGAGGAAAGAAAAUGACACAGGGCAAAGUGUCCUUGUGAUGAAAUGCCCACCACGCCACUUGCUGGGUUGAAUUGGAAUCUAGUUCAAACAUGGGCAUCAUCAGAGCCAGUCCUUGCCUGGAUGGAAACAGACCAGAUGCCUGCUUUCUGCUAGAGGUUGGCCAACUGCGGUAGCCAUUUCUGGGCAUGGGAGGAAGGAGGUUGUGGCUUAGCCAAAUUCCAACUCUUGUCCUCCCUGGAUUUCUUUCCUGCU